GGAAGGCGGAAGUGGCCAAGAUGGCGGCCUCCGCGGCGGGUCCGGCGCUGCUGCUGCUGCCGCUGCUCCUGGCGGCGGCCGGGCCGGCUCUGGCGGGGCGCAGCCAAGUGCGGGCGCUGAGCGACGGGACGUGGCGGGAGCUGCUGCGCGGGGAGUGGAUGGUGGAGUUCUACGCUCCUUGGUGUCCUGCUUGCCAGAAUUUACAGCCCGAAUGGGAAAGCUUCGCUGAGUGGGGAGAGGAUCUCGAAGUUAAUGUUGCAAAAGUGGAUGUGACGGAGCAGCCAGGACUGAGCGGACGAUUUAUCAUAACAGCACUCCCGACCAUCUACCAUUGCAAAGAUGGAGAAUUUAGGCGGUACCAGGGUCCACGGACUAAAACGGACUUCAUCAAUUUCAUCAGUGACCAAGAAUGGAAGUCCAUCGAGCCUGUUUCUUCUUGGCUUGGUCCAUCUUCGUUCCUGAUGAGCAGCAUGUCGGCGCUGUUCCAGCUGUCCAUGUGGAUCAGGCACUGCCACAACUAUCUGACGGAGAACCUCGGCAUGCCGGCCUGGGGGUCCUACGCCAUCUUCGCCUUUGCCACCUUGUUCUCGGGACUGCUGCUGGGGCUCCUGAUGGUGUUCCUGGCCGAUUGCCUUUGUCCCUCCAAAAGGCCCAGGCCCCCUCCGUACACUUACCAAAAAAAGUUUCCUGAGUCUGCUGAGCUCUGGAAGCAGCUGGGUGAAGAGGUCGAGCCAGACGAGGGCGACGCUUUGGAUGCUGACCUGAAGCACCGAGAGGCCCCCACCCCUGUGCCGAAUGCAGUGCGGCAGCGAGCCGUCGCCCCUGCCGCAGAAGUGGAGAAGUCGUAGCAGCCCACCCGCUCUCCCGCGUCACUGUACAGUGGUUGGUCAGAUGUGCGGGGGGAGGGUCCCUCCUCCCCAGGAGAACUGAGAGACGCAACAGUCCGGGGAAACCCUUCUGCUUGGAAAGCCUCUUAGAGGCACUCGUUGGAUUAAAGUCUGCUAUUUGACGUGGUCGCUCUGGAAGCGCUGGGCUCAGCCAGGGGCGGUUUGUAAAAGGGGCCUGUAUCUAGAACGUGGUGUCUCCAGAGGAGUUGUUCCCCGUGACCCCUGCCGGGCAGCUCAGCCAGUGGCCCUGUUUCCAAGCUGCAGCCUGGACUUCUCUGUAAAAACAAAACGAAAACCUCCCCCUUGUGCCUGUGGGAUGGAAAUCCGGCAGAUGUCCCUCCCUUUGCAUUCUCUAAUGUUACCAAGCCUGUAGUGUUGUAGAAGGCUCUGACCAAACCGGCCAAAGGGGAUGCCCAAGGGGGAGGGUCUUUGGCCUUGUGGCUCUUGAACGACAGCCUCCCCCCCCCACACACACACACAUGUGACAAACUGCUUUUGAAACUGAGAUGAGUUUUGCUAGCAGGUGGGGCAGGGGCUCCUGUUCAAAGGACUAUGUCCCAAAUCCGCGGGGUCCCGUGCGAGCCUUUCAACAUGUCUGAAGCAGCUGUCAUGUUUCCUCCUGUGGCUUGUUUGCAUUGCCUGCCUGUAAGCAUCAGAUGGCUCCCUUUGUGCAACGUGCCGCUUCUGUCCCAGGCUGUAUCUCUCGAUUUCAGACCCCACAAAGCAGAGAGGGGCUGUGUCCCAAAUUCCAUCUUCUGCCGUUUGGUGCCACUGGCUGGGCAUGGGGCCAGGCAGUGUUACUGCGGGAUGACCGGAUGUGGCUGGAUGUGAAGUCUGCAGUUCAGUCACCUUCGAACCUGCAUAGUGUUCGUUUGUUGUUGUUUACAGUAUCUUGAAAGUGAAGGACCGGGUGCUGUUGGCACGGUGCUGAUCUCUCUUCCCAGGUGCCUUUUUGUACCGGGAUUCUUCCCUUUCGUGCUUUGGAGCACGUUGGCUUCUGCAGCAGUUUCCUUCAGCCAGGGCUUGAAGUCCAGCAGUGUUGAACCCCGUGUGCAUUUCCGUAUGUGUCUGUUGUGCUCUGCUUUCCAGGGCCGACGGUUGCACACUUCCCUUUCUCAGCCACAGCCGUCUCCUGUGAAAAGCUGCCCAUCUGGGACUGACCACUUUCCAGUACUCGCAUUUGAUCCUUGGGAUCAGCAGUGGGGGCAGUUUUGGUGUAAUUUCACCUUUCUUCUCUGCAUCCACGCACUGCAUGUUGCUACAGAAUUUAAAAGAAGGUCGGGCUGGGUGGGCUGUAAGGCUAGUUUUUGACACAGCAGCCAAAUUCGCCUCCCUUGGCAACCCUUUUGCUAAGUUUAGAUGAGCUGUCGAGACUAGAUGCUGGAAAGUGAAUUUAGCAAAUAGGUUGGCUCACAGCAGCAGAGACCAAGAAUGGCCAGCGUGGUCCGUGAUCUGGUGAGAUUCCCCCAAUACCUUGGAACCUGCUUUGGUAUUGCUGUUCGUUACAUUCCACUGCAAAAUUGGAUGUGGGAGGUUCUUCUUUGCAAGUUGCUUGCUUCAUCUGACCGUGGGCGGAUGACAAGAUCUUGUGCCCCCACUCAAGACCUACAGUGCACGUUGCCCUCUCGGGCUGGGCGCUCUGACAUCUUUUCCCUCUCGUAUUGCCUGCCCUGCAGAACAGACGCUGCCAGCUCUCUUCAGGAGGACGUAGAAGGCAGGGAGCGGCCCAGCUGCUGGUGCUGUAUGAGGCUUCCCAGCGGGGUGGGCAGGCCACAGGGCUGGCAGGCAUUCGCCUCUCUCUGUGUUGCCGUGUUUGCCCCUCUUGCAGCCUAGUGGUUUUUAGGCAUGAAGGAGAGAAUCACGGAAAGCAACAGGAAACCAACACAUGCGCCGUGAUCAGCUUACUAGGACAGCAAAAUUAAACCAUUUGUAAUCACAAUCAAGAGUUUAUACAAUUGAUUUAAGUGUGUGUUUAUAACUCAUUGUUUCCAAAAAUGCACACAGCCAUAACACACUGGGAGCAAGUGGUCAUUCAGGCAUUAAAGAAGUACUUGAAAGCAUUUACCGAUUUUAUAACAAAACCAAACUAGCAAUGCAGAGAAGAUAACAGACACAAAUUUCUAGAAAGCGAAGCGCUGGUGACUGAAUUGCUCAAACACGAGUCUGUAUAUAGCUACAAUAGUAAUUUCAAAGUGCUGGCGCCUGUACAAAGUGACUGUGCUUGCCCAGAGUUCGUAUAGUAAACAACAUGCAAAUGCAGCAAUGCGGUUUUUUUCAAAUAAAGGUAACAGUUCAACGUAAAGGGAUGUGUCUUCUGGAUUUUGGAAAUGAUUCAUUAUAAACACAAACUUUUAAAUCAAUUGCCUAAACUCUUUAUUGUGAUUACAAAUGAUUUAAUUUUGCUGUCCUUGUAAGUUGAUAACGGCAUGUUUUUGGGUUUGCCUGGUGGUUUUUAAGCAAGUUUGUUGGAAAGCAGGCUUGCAGGGGUGUUGUGUUUGCUCUCAGCGUUGUAAUGAAGCUCAGCCGGUGGUUGAGAGGUUCCUUCUUGCGUUUCUCUUUGUUCCCCUUUGACUAGACAAGUUCUCUUGUGCUGACGGAGGGCCUAGUAGGCUCAUACCUGCUUUGCUUUGGCUGUGUGAAGAAGCAGGGAAGGUUCAGCUUUUCCGUGACAGAAAUGUGAAUUGCUGUGGUCUUGGAAAGAGAGGCGUGGAACUGCUGGCCUGCAGGUUGGAUUGCUGACUGCAUGGCAGAGAGGGGCCUUGGAAGUCUUCCGUUUUCUGGUGCGGCGUCUCCCCACCCCCACCCCACCCCUGCCCAAGCCCUAAGCAGAGAAUUCUUGGGUUUAGUUAUCUGCUAAAUGGACAUCCUGUGCUGUUUGGACCAGACCUUGAGUUCCAUCUUCUAAGUAGUUUUGUAAGGGCCUGAGAUCUACAGGCGGAGUAGAGUGGGCUCUGCCAUCUCAAGACUGGGGGUGGAGAAAGCUGUUUUGAAGACCUCCCAUCUUUCUGAAUAAACCAAAGGAAUUGGGGUGGGGUCACAGAAAAGAGGCUUUAGCCCACCUCGUUCCCUGGUGCAUUUGGUUUCCAGGGGCAGAGUGUGUCACAGAAGGGGGGCCAUUGUAGACCCCCAGCUCUGACGUGGUACAGCCUGUUCCGCCUCCUCUGGCUCCUGUUGGAGAGGAGGAUGCCUGCAUGCCCAGCCCAGGUUAACGUUUCUGUAAGGAAAAGGGAGGAGCAGCUUUGAGCCCGGACGCUUUGCCAUUCCAGGGGAGAGGACGUGGAGCUCCUCCUGAUCACAUGAUCUGGAAAGGCCGCACUCCAAGGUUGGAUCCGGUGGGCAUUUUUGAGGAGGGGUCUUCAGAGGAGCUCCUGCCUCCCCAUCCCAGGCAGCUUAGCAUUCAAGUUUCUCUGUAUCUGCAUUUCAAGGGCCUAAAGACCUGCGUCUGACCUGUGAGACGUUUCCAAGCAAUAAAGCCGAUUUGUGU